AUAUGACCGGUUGAGUGAAAUUUCGACAUUUCAAAGAGCGUUUGCGCACUACAGAGAGAGAGAGAAGCAAAACCCUCGAAUUUCCCCUCUCAUCAUCUCGAUUUCCAAAUCCAUUCCUGAAAAAUCUUUUUUCGAAUCCAUUUGUGUACGAUUUGGGUCAAUAUUCCUGGUUGAUCAACUCGAAAAGAUAUACUAAUGUCAGACAAUGAGAAGAUCGCCGUCGCCAUGGCGGAUUCAUCGACGAGCUCUCGGUCGGUGACGCAGACGGUGAACGGCUCUCACCAGUUCGUAAUUCAGGGCUAUUCGUUAGCGAAGGGUAUGGGAAUCGGAAAACACAUCGCCAGUGAUAAUUUCACGGUGGGAGGUUACCAAUGGGCUGUAUACUUCUACCCCGAUGGAAAAAACCCCGAAGAUAAUUCCACUUAUGUUUCGCUUUUCAUUGCGCUUACCAGUGAAGGUUCCGAUGUAAGGGCUUUGUUCGAGUUAACUCUUGUAGAUCAGAGUGGGAAAGAGAAGCACAAGGUUCAUAGCCAUUUUGAUCGCUCUUUGGAAAGUGGUCCUUAUACAUUGAAGUACAGAGGCAGCAUGUGGGGAUACAAGCGAUUUUACAGGCGACAAUUGCUUGAAACAUCAGAUUAUCUCAGGGACGAUUGUUUGAAAAUCAAUUGCACUGUGGGAGUGGUGGUUUCUGCAACAGAUUGCCCUAGGUUACAUUCAAUCAAAGUCCCAGACUCUGAUAUCGGAUCAAAUUUCGGUAUGUUGCUUGAAAAUAUGGAAGGUUGUGAUGUUAUCUUCAAAGUGGGUGAUGAAAAAUUUCAUGCUCAUAAGUUGGUGUUGACUGCUAGAUCCCCUGUGUUCCGGUCUCAGUUCUAUCAACAAGAGAGAGAUGAUGAUGAAAUUGUUAUUACUGACAUGGAGCCUAAGGUUUUUGAGGCGAUGCUACACUUCAUAUACAGAGAUGAACUUACAGAUGAAUUGGUGGCUUCAAGUUCAUCCAGUGAACAAAAUGUAACGGAUACAGUAGUAGCCAAAUUAUUAGCUGCUGCUGAUCGAUAUGAUUUGACUAGACUCAGAAGGAUUUGUGAGUCGCGUCUCUGCAAGGGUAUAUCCGUAAUUUCAGUUGGCAGAAUUUUAGCAUUGGCAGAUAAUCAUCAUGCUAUGGAGCUUAAAGCUGUUUGCCUAAGAUUUGCUUCUGAAAAUCUUGCAGCUGUAAUGAGAUCAGAUGGGUUUCAGUAUCUGAAAAGCAACCACCCAGCAUUACAAUCAGAGAUUCUGAAGACGGUGGCUGGUUGUGAAGAUGGGUAUAACAGUGGCGGCAGUGGUGGUGGUGAUGGUGGUUGUAAAUCCCGGAGUGUUUGUGCUCAGCUUUCAGAUGGCGGAGAUACUAGCGGCAGGAGGGUAAGGUCCAGGAGUUGAUGGGUUUUGUUUAGUGUAAUUGAGGUGGUUGUAAUUGUAUUACAAGGAAAUAUAGAAAAGACAAGGGGGGUG